AUGAUUCCUGCCAGCCUGGCCUUCCGCAUCGAGAUCUGCAUUCUUGCAUUUCUCUUUCAACCGCAGCAUGUGAAACCUUUCAUUGCUAGCGGGAGCGUGUGGGAGCUCAAGUACAAUGGGAGCUCUGCUUCUGCCAACGCUUUCAGCAUCGCCCCAGGCAUUGCUUCCAAUGCUGCAGUCAAAGGAGAUGAAGUCCCUGAGGGUGUGUCCCACGGCCAUGUGAAUAUUUCUCGAGUGCUGUCAAUCAACAGUGAGGAUCUGUUCAACAAGCUUCUAAGUUCCAGGGGUAUGAAAGCCGGAGAGAAGCUGUCGGGAGAAGGAUCAAGUCAGAGGAUGAUCAUGAUGUGCUUCGAAAAGAGGAAUGAGCACGAGUACAAGAUCUUGCGAAGGAAAUACUUCUCUGCUGUACUAGUGGGAACAGGCCCUCUCCCUCACUUCCUUGUCUGCCCCGGAGCCGAGGAGUGCAACGACGCUCUUCCCGACUCGAACGUUCUGAUCACAAUGCGGGUCGAUCGGAUGAACGAUUGGGUUAUGCUGGUUGUCACGAAGAAAAGAGUCGUCGAGCUUCAGAUUCAUGUUACAAACAGCUCCGCGCAUGUUGAUCCUGUUGUGAGAUUGCAUGUUUGCGGGCUGAACGCUGCGAAACAGGUGGAGAACUGGAUCAGAAAGAGAGUCUUCGAUCGGAAGUGUAGCACUGUGGGGGUUGACAUGGAAUGGAAGCCAGUCUUCUCAGCGGGACACUACUCCAAGGUUUCUCUGAUCCAGAUCUCCACAAGGGAUGAUUGCAUCUUGUACCAUAUCCAUCACUCGGCUGGCUCGUCAGGCCAGCAAGUUCCCCCAGCCUUGCGCCUUCUCUUCCAGGAUACUUCGAUAAGAAAGGAUUGGGGUUGCGACAUCCUCGGGCGCGUUGACCUUGCUGAGUUUGCUGCUGCUCUGGGGCACAUCGACUUGACGUCGCUCAAGAAGAUCACUGAACAUUUCCUCUCAGUCAAGAUGUGCAAGGCCAAAUGGCUGACCAUGGGCAACUGGGAGAAGGAAGCGUUGAACCCUGAACAAGUUGCAUACGCUUCGAUGGACGCGUGGGCUGCGGUGGAGGUGCUGCAUGCGGUGGAGGAGGAGAUCGUGUGGAGACCGUCUGUAGACGUUCAGUCCAGCACUUGCGAGCUGGGAAAGUUCUUCUCGGUGAGAGGCGGCAAACGCCCCGGCGUGUACAUGUCGAAGGAGGAAGCGAAGAAGCAUGUGGAGGGAGGACAGAUGAUGAGAUUCGGUCAUGAGCUAGAAGCGAAACUUUUCGUGCUCACAGGAAGCAACGGGGGUUCAGUGACGGAUGUUGUGGUGUAUGCGAUGCAGCGAGGGGAGGAGGAGAGCGCGGGACGGAGGGAGGAGACGAGUGAGAGCAAGAGGAGGACGAGAAAGAGGCCGAAUGUUGGGAGGAGCUCCAUGAAGGUGUAA